AUGAGUGAUAAUUGUGAUUUAACUAAUAUUAAAAGAAUUGAAGAAUCAAUGCCUUCUUUGGAUUCAUGGACAGUGCCCACAAAUUGCAAUGGAAAGAAUAUUUUCAAAAAUAAACAGAAGAGAAAUAAUAGUCCACAGUUGAAAAUUAGUGAUACUUCUUCAUUAUCUUCAUCUUCUGGUUCUUGGUUUGAGCCUUUAGAAAAUAUAAUAUCUUCUGGUUCAAAUUCUUCCAAUUCUUCACCAAGUGAUAAUUCAAAUGAAUUGAAUAUGAAUGAUGUUGAUAUUAAAUUAGAAUCUAGUAUCACUGAUGCAAAUUCAAAUCAAUUUUUAAUAAAUGGAUACAAUAUGAAGAAGGAAAACGAUGAAAACUUUCCUGAUCUUCCUGAUUUUAACACUUUCCUACGUAAUGAUAAUUCAAUUGUUGAUUUAAAUGUAAGUUUGGAUAGUAAAAAGAGGAGAGCUCCAAGGAAAAGAUUAACUUCUCAUCAAAAGCAGGCUCAUAAUAAAAUUGAAAAGAGGUAUAGAAUAAAUAUUAAUACAAAAAUUGCAAAACUCCAACAAAUUAUACCUUGGGUUGCAAAUGAACAAACUGCUUUCGAGGUGAGCGACUCUGCUUCGAAGGGUAAGGGUUCACCUCCUUCUCAAGACGAUACCAUUUCAUUAUCCAAUGGUGCUAAUAAUUCUACAAAAUUAAAUAAAAGUAUGAUCCUGGAGAAAGCUGUGGAUUAUAUUUUAUAUCUACAAAAUAACGAACGAUUAUAUGAAAUGGAAGUUCAGAGACUAAAAUCUGAAUUGCAAUCUUUAAAAAAUUGA